AUGUCGUUUGUGGCGCUGGGGGGCGAUGCCGGCGUGCGGCCGACAUUUUUUGAGCUGGUGGCAGCGGAGAAGCUGAUGCCCAGCCUCAAGGCGGCCGUCCUCUACUCCCUCUCCGUCUAUGCACAGCGCCGGCCGGCCCUGCACCACCUGCUGGACCGGGAGGACGAGCUCUUCUUCCUGCUGAGCAUGGCGCUGGACCGCCAGGCGCUGGCGGCCAACGGCGGCUCCUUUGCCGAGGGCCUGUACGGCCUGCGCCGAGCCCCCGCAUCGGGCAGCAGCGGCGGCAGCAGCCGGCAGCCGCUGACCGACAGCCAGCGCUCCAUGUCGCUCAUCCUGCUGACUCUAGUCCCCUUCCUGCGCUCCAAGCUGGACUCCCUGCACCAGCGCCUGCAGCAGCAGCAGCAGCAGCAGCAGCUGCAGGGGUGGAGGACACAGCCGCCCGGCACAUCCGCGGCACCUGCAGCGCCCGGCAGCAGCAGCAGCAGGCAGGGGCCGGCGUCGCCAGCGUGGCUGCAGCAGCUGCGCUGGCGCGCCCUCGCCCGCCGCGCCUUCCAGCUGCUGUACCCCUGGGUGGUGGCGGGGCACGAGGGUGCCCGCUUUGCCUACCAGCUGCUCUACCUGCUGGGGCGCACCCCCUACUAUUCCCCAGGCCUCCACCUGCUGGGCCUGGAGGUGGUGCGUCUGACGGGGCAGGAGGCGAUGCAGCAGGACCAGGAGCGGCGGCGGCGGCGCGCCGAGCGGCUGUCGCGCCUGGCGCGGCCGGGGGGCGGCCCCUGGCUGUGGCGCCUGCUGCGCCAGGGCUGGGCCCGCGCGGGGCACCUGGCGGCCGACCACACCCGCAGCACCCUCAUCCUGGCCGUGUUUGCCUUCAAGCUGCUGGAGUGGUGGUACACCUCAGCAGAGCAGCGGCUGGGGGACCCCAAGGCGCUGCCGCCGCCGCCGCCGCCCCCCGCGCUGCCGGCGGUGGGCGUGGCGGCGGGCGGGGUGGCGCUGCCGGACGACGUCGCGCUGUGCCCGCUGUGCGGCCGCCGCCGCACCAACCCCGCCAUGCUGGCCACCUCCGGCUACGUCUUCUGCUACCCCUGCAUACACCGGGAGGUGGAGGAGAGGGGGCGCUGCCCCGUCACGCACGCCCCAGCGGGCCUCGACCACGUGCGCCGCCUGUACCAGAGCGCCUGA